AACUGAAUAUCCGAACGGGUUUUUUUACCGGAUCUUUUAAAUGACCCGAUUCAAAAGAACCGGAUCAUUUAAAUGACCCGUUUUGCCCAUCUGUAGUGGACAACGGUCCUGUUAUCAUACGCUCUUCGGUUGCGGACGAGAUAAGGACCCGUCCCGUGGUGCCGUAGUCGCGUUGCCGUCCGGCGACACAGCAAUUAAACGACAUUCGAAUACUAACCUCGAAAUAUCGCCGUGUACGUUUCGUGCCGCGAUCACUACGAAAUCAGCACUUAGGCCGAUCAAAAUACAUGUGCGCGCGGUGCUCGGUUGUUUUUCCUCGACGAUAGUUGUUAAUGUUAAAAUAUUGUUUUAUUGCGCACGAACCCAAUAUCAAAUCUUCUCAACAUGGAUCAGGACGAUAUUAUUUGGUCCAUUAUUAAAGAUACUUUUUGUUCAUUCAAAAUCAAGACUGACACAUCCAGUUUUUGCCGUAAUGAAUACAAUCUUUCCGGAUUGUGCAAUCGUACACAUUGUCCAUUAGCUAACAGUCGAUAUGCUACAGUUAGAGAAGAAAAAGGUAUUAUAUAUCUGUUCUUGAAAACAGCAGAAAGAACUGUAUACCCGAAAAGACAGUGGGAAAAGAUAAAACUAUCCAGAAAUUUUCAAAAAGCUAUACAGCAAAUGAAUGAACAUAUGUUAUAUUGGCCAGGGCCAUUAAAAUCUAUGUGUAAACAACGUUUUGUGCGAAUAACUCAAUAUUUAAUCCGUAUGAGGAAACUUAAACUUAAAACUCAGAGAGAAUUAGUUUCUAUGCCAAGAAAAGUAGAAAAGCGAGUUAAAAGAAGAGAAUAUAAAGCAGAAAUUGCUGCUCGUUUAGAUAAUGUUAUUGAAAAAGAAUUAGUUGAAAGGCUCAAAAAAGGAACGUAUGGUGAUAUGUAUAACUUAAAUCAGCAAGCAUUUGAAAGAGCACUUGAAAAAGAAGGAGAAGAAGAUGAAGAUAAUGAUGAUGUUGAGGAGUACACUGCAGCAGAAGAAUCUGACAUUGGAGAAGAUGAUGAACUGUAUGACAGUAACAUGGAAGAUGAAGAAAACGUAUCCGAUUUUGUUUAUUCUGAAGGUGAAGAAGAAGAAAUGGAAGAUAUUGAGGACAUUGCUGUUAAGAAAGCUAAAAAAGUUGUUAAACCUAAAGGCAGACCUCACGUUGAAAUUGAAUAUGAAAAUGAUGUGAAUGAAUAAUAAUAAUAAUAAUAAUAAUGUUAACAGUUCAAAAUAUCUUUCACUCAACCAUAUGAUUUAUUUUAUUAUUUACUAGUGUAUAUGUUUACGCUUUUUACCUUAAAAAUAAAAGUACCAAACAUUAUCAACUCCUC